AUGUCAUCGAGUUCUUCUUCUGGGUCUUACUCCCUUUCAAAGAUUAGCCCAAAAUUAUUACGAAGAAUUUCGAUAGAUCGUGCUUGCAGGCCAUCUCUUAAUGAGCCAAACUUAGCAUUGAAUUUGGAGAUUUGUGAUUACGUGAACGCUAAACAAGGAUCUACCCCUCGUGAAGCAGCCAUAGCAGUGGCGAAACUUAUCAGUCAAAGAGACUCCCAAACUUCUGAGUUAGCCAUUUCAUUAUUAGAUAAUUUAGUGAAAAAUUGCGGGUAUCCCUUCCAAUUACAGAUUUCCCGUAAAGAAUUUUUAAAUGAAUUGGUCAAAAGGUUUCCUGAAAGACCACCUUUACGUUAUACCAGAGUGCACCGCUUGAUUUUAUCGCAGCUUGAAGAAUGGUAUCAGACGAUAUGUAAAACGUCUAAGUACAAGGAAGACUUCGGGUAUAUUAGAGAUAUGCAUAGAUUGUUGUCAAACAAGGGCUAUAUCUUCCCUGAAGUCAAAGUAGAAGAUGCGGCAGUAUUAAAUCCUUCUGAUAAUUUAAAAUCUUUAGAAGAAUUACAAAAAGAAGAAUCUAUCGUCCAUAGUGCCAAAUUGCAAGAGUUAAUUAGAAGAGGCAGACCUCAAGAUUUACAAGAAGCCAACAAAUUAAUGAAAAUCAUGGCUGGAUUUAAGGAUGAUAACAUUGAAGAAAACAAAAAACAAGUCACCGAUGAUAUCGCUAGAUUAAAAAGAAAAGUCGAAAUUUUAGGUGAAAUGUUACAUAAUAUCGAAGCUUCUGGCGCUAAGAUAGAUGAUUCAAAUGAAGCUGUAAUUGAAUUAUAUUCUUCAGUCAAAAGCUCUCAACCUAUUAUAACAAAAAUCGUUGAAGAGCACGAUGACGAUAACAAGGUUAACGAAUUGUUGGCAUUAAAUGAUGAUGUUAAUCAGUUGGUUCAGAAGUUCCAAUUAUUAAAAAGUGGUGACAUCAACGAAGCAUCUAAAAUUCAAGUUCAAAGUGGUAGCAGUAAUAAUGAUACCUUAAACUUAAUUGAUUUUGAUGAUGAUGCUCCAAUAAGCAAUGAUAAAUCCGGUCGUGAUGAUCAAGGUUAUAAUGAUUUAUUAAGCGAUUUAUCAAAUUUGCAAUUUACCAAUACAGAUAACAAUACUAAUGUGAACUUAUUUGGAGCUGGUGGUUCAAUUGCUCUUGGUGGUAAUCCACAGACUUCUAUUCAACAACCAUUACCAACCAGCGGUAAUCUGAGUAAUUUCGAUAUUUUGUCAGGAUUAAAUUCUCCUUCACCUCAACUUCAAUCAAAUACGACAACCUCAACGAACAAUCAGUUAGAUCCUUUUGGAUUAAACUUUCCAUCAUCUACACCAAGCCACGUUCAGAACCAAACCAACUUCCAGUCUACUAAUUUAAUCAACCAGUCGUCGGCAUUAAAGAUUGAAACUGGUAUAUUUAAUUCUUCAACAAGUACCAACUUAUCAGGAAAAUUAUUGUUCAGUAACUUACAAUCCACUGCUUUAACUAAUUUCAAGUUUAUGCUCGCUGUUCCAAAGAGUUGUAAAUUAAACUUGAAGCCCCAGUCAAGCGACGUCAUUCAUGGGAAUAACAAGCAGAGCGUAACACAAGAAUUCUCGAUUGAAAACAACAUGAAUAAACAAUUAAGAGUUAAAUGGAAGGCUGAAUACAAUAUCGGUAACGAGCAUAGAGAGGAAACCGGUGUUAGUCUCUUGAAUAAUUAG